UGAUGUGCGUGUAUCAGGCGAAGCGAGUGGAUGCGGAGCGGACAGCUUUCUGCCUGAGAAACUUCUGAGAGCGGAAAAUUAUGGCGGUCGUUUCCACCAGAGUUUAUCUUCACCAACGUGUAGCGCGUAAGCCACACCACCAGUGGCUUUGUAAUGUUUUUAUUUUGGGCCGCUCUUAAAUUUGGCUCUCUAAAAGCUCGCUUUCUAAGAACGUGCUAGUGCUUGUUCGUUUGGUUUAUGAGGAAGGAACUUGCAGACUGAGUAAGAGAUCAAAAAUGAACAGAGGACAAGAAAUGAACUUCACUUUUGUGGAUGAUGAAAACUGGACUUUGCCCAACGUGACCAGGGAAUAUGUCAUACCUCGGAGCAACAUCACCUAUGUUGGAUUUUACCUUCAUCAGCCCUCAGUAGCUGCUAUCUUCAUAGUGUCUUACCUCCUCAUAUUCUUGGUCUGCAUGGUGGGCAAUGGAGUGGUGUGCUUCAUUGUCUUACGAAGCAAGAACAUGCGCACCGUCACCAACCUCUUUAUCCUCAACCUUGCUGUCAGUGACCUACUCGUUGGGAUUUUUUGCAUGCCCACGACUCUUCUUGACAACAUUAUUACAGGGUGGCCGUUUGGGAGUAUGGUGUGUAAAAUGAGUGGUAUGGUCCAGGGCAUAUCGGUCUCGGCCUCCGUUUUUACCCUGGUUGCUAUUGCAGUUGACAGAUUCAGAUGCAUCGUUUAUCCCUUCAAGCAGAAACUGACGAUAUCAACGGCCACGCUCAUCAUCGUAAUCAUCUGGGUCCUGGCCAUAUCGAUCAUGUGUCCCUCCGGAGUCAUGCUUCAAGUUACCAAAGAGCAAACUAUCCGUGUGUUUCUAGGGGAUGGCAACAGGACAAGUCCUUUCUACUGGUGUCGGGAGAACUGGCCCAACCAGGAGAUGAGAAAGAUCUACACCACUGUUUUAUUUGCCAACAUAUACCUAGCUCCUCUUUCCCUCAUAGUGAUCAUGUACGCGAGGAUUGGGAUUACUCUGUUCAAAACUGCAGUGCCAACAGGUGGAAAGCCUGGCCAUGACAACCGCCACACUGUAUCCAAGAAGAAGCAGAGAGUCAUCAAAAUGCUUCUCAUUGUGGCUUUGCUCUUCAUCUUGUCCUGGUUGCCUUUGUGGACCCUGAUGAUGCUCACAGACUAUGCCCGGCUCACUGAGCACCAGUACAGGCUUAUUAACAUCUACAUCUAUCCUUUUGCUCACUGGCUAGCCUUCUUCAACAGCAGUGUCAACCCUAUAAUUUACGGUUUCUUCAACGAGAACUUCCGCCGUGGAUUCCAAGCCAUUUUUAAGUUCAGGCUGUGCUCAGCGGGUGGCCACCGGCGGAAGACGUAUUCGCAUAGGGUGCAAGGUAACGCUGUGUUGCCAGCUAACCUUCAGCCCUCUACUGAGCCCAUCUCCCUCAACAGUGUGGAAAACCACAGCUCCCGUAGGGUCAAUCACGUGAAUGAGCAAGACUUGGUCAUGGAGGACCUGGAAAAGGUAUCCGAAAGCAGCAUAGAUGGAGCUUCUCUCUAAAGAGAGGGGUUAUGGAAUAAAGGCAUUCCAGCCACCAAGUGGUGGUAGCCAAUUUUCAUUACAUAGUGUUAUUUAAUGUAUGGUAUGUAGUGUUUUAGCUGUAUUUUGUGCUGUAUACAUUUGAUGUGUAUUCCUGUUGGGGAGUUAAGUGUUUACAAGUAAUGAAUUCACACCAUUGCAAGUGAGCUAGCAAGCAAAUAAAAAUUGUUAGCUACCAGUUAAGGCCGAAAGAUGAAUCGUUUUUAUAUUGAAACUGCAAUUUGAAAGAAUUUCAAAUGACAAAAAGCUGCAAUUUUAUUUACAGCUUACAUUAACUUCAGUGUUGUCUUAACAAGUUUUGAGUGGGGAAGUUGAAGUUAAUAACACGUAGCUCAUGAACUACCUGUAGAUAAGUUAGACCAAUCAGAAGCAACCGAAUACCUAUGUGCUGUGAACAAUACAAGCACAACUAACUGCCAUUCAGCAUUUAAACCUAAAGCCAGAAAAAAAAAUGGAUAUAUCUCAUAGGGAUGUACACGGGUACUCGAGUACUUAGUUAACCGUUUGAGAUGCCAGUAUUCAAAUACUGAAAUCACUGUUUGGUCACAUAUUUCGUUCCAUCACAGGAAAAUAUACAGGCCAACAAUUCAGUACACUGAAAAGUUUUUGCUCGUAUUUGCAAGAAUAUAUAUUACAUUAUACACCAAAACAUGAGUGCCUUAAUGUGAGUGCAUUGCCAAGGACAUUGUUGUGGAGGAUGUGGCUGGAAAGGCAGAUGUCCAGAGGUCCAGAGACAAUGAACCUAUAUUUAUCUGACAAAUAACAUGUUGGCACAUCGUUCACUGAGGAGAAAAUACAUUGUGUGGAAGACAACGUGUCCUCAUCAGCCUACAUUGUGACACUUGUUAGCUGUGUUUGCUCAUUAGCUUAUCUGUUAAGGUAGUCUCUGUUAUUCAUCCAACACAAAAACCUACCAAUUUCCCUCAGUUGUUUUUGAAUAGUAAAACAUGCUUUCAGGUGUAUUCUCCUGCAUGCUGCUAUAUUUUUUUGCAACACCAGUGCUAUGAGCUAGCAAAGUAAGCCUACAGCUGUAUGUUAGUUUCAGCCAAAGUCCAUUUUUUUGUUUGCCUUUGUUCUUGAUCAG